AUGAAAGUGAUAUAUGUGUUUCUCUUCUGUGCUAUUGUAAACGUUUUGGCAGAUUAUGAUAGUUUAGCAUCGAGACGUAAGCUUGAUACUACAAACCAAUUCAUUGACAUACAUAUUUUUCGUAGUACCUUUAAUGACAAAAUAAAAGAAAUUGUUCGACUUGGUGAUGACAUGAAGAGAUUGAGUCAUAUGUGUGCAGUAUGUGACAAACCAAUUGGUGACAAUGAAACUUCCCAGCAUGGAUUAGAGGAUCAACUGCAAGCAAUACUUUUAGAAGGCACAGGCAUUCAUCCCACUGAAGUUGCAAUUCUUGGUAAAUACGUUUUAUCCGACAAUCGUAAAUAG